GCCCGCUGGAUCCUCCGCUGACCUGCUGUUCUCUCCUGCUUUCCUCUCGCGUUUUUUUUCUUCAUUUAGAUUAAAAACAAAGCUCUCACUCACUCUCUGUCUCUCUCUCCUCCCUCCUCCCUCCUUCUUCUUCUUCUUCUUCUUCUUCUUGUUGUUCUCCUUCUUUUCUGCAGCAGCAGCAGUCAAGGUAGAGGCUUCAGUGUGUCAGAGAGAGAGAGAGAGAAGAGGAGGAGGAGGAGGAGGAAGCAGAGAAGACGACUAUUUGCACGGAGCUGAACGCGUGUUUAUGUUUGGAUGUCUCACUGUUGGACGGCCGGGUGAAGGGGCACAAGGAGGAGGAGGAGGAGGAAGAAGAGGAGGAGGAGGAUGAAAUUCUCGGUGUCAUGUCACUACGUGUGAACCCUUAACUUGAUCACAGGGUGAGGGAAAACUGAUCACAGGGGCGAGGGGGAAAAAAAAAGGGGGAGAGGCACUGAGAGGAAGACGAGGAGGAGGUGGAGGAACUGAGACUUUGGAAGAAGAAGGAGGAGGAGGAGGAGGAGGAGGUGAAGUCUGGAGCUCCGUUUUAUCAUGACAUUGUUGGAUUAAGCACUCUUCAGCUGUGUUUGUGAGCAGGAAUUCACCCUAAAAAGAGAGAGAGAGAGACUCUGCAAGUGGAAAGACAGCCUGGACUUACAGAGAGUGUGUGUGUGUGUGUGUGUGUGUGUGUGUGAGUGUGUGUGUGUGUUGUUUGUGUGGCUCAGUAACCAGUGGAGGGCAGAGGAGUGGAGGGCCAGGGGACUAACCUGGCCAUCAAACGGACUGGCAGCCUCUCCUCUCCUGGGAUCAUGUACCCUCAGGGCAGGCAUCCGGUUCCCUUACAACCCGGCCAAUCUUUCAAGUUCACAGUCCUGGAAACUCUGGACCGCAUCAAGGAGGAAUUCCAGUUCCUCCAGGCUCAGUAUCACAGCCUGAAGCUGGAGUGUGAGAAGCUGGCCAGUGAGAAGACUGAGAUGCAGAGGCACUACAUCAUGUACUACGAGAUGUCCUACGGUCUCAACAUUGAGAUGCACAAACAGGCGGAGAUUGUCAAGCGUCUCAGUGCCAUCUGCGCUCAGAUCAUCCCUUUCCUCUCUCAAGAGCACCAGCAACAGGUGGUCCAAGCAGUGGAGAGGGCCAAGCAGGUCACUAUGGCUGAACUCAACGCCAUAAUCGGGCAGCAGCAGCUCCAGCACCUGUCUCACCACGCCCCCGGCAUCCCUCUGACUCCACACCCAUCAGGCCUGUCCCUGGGGGCGGGGGGCUCGGGGCUUCUUGCGCUGACCGGAGCCCUGGGGGUCUCGGCCCACCUCGCCUCCAAAGAUGAGCGCAACCAUCUCGAUCCUGACCAUCUCAGAGAGGGAGCACCCAGCAGGAGUAAGUCAGUGUCAUCAACAGACAGUCUGCCCGCUGAGGAGCGCCAGGGCCCGUCAGGAGGCUACUCCUCCUCGCAGGGAGGAGCAGAGGCAAAGAGGAGGCGCUGUGAUGACAAAGACCCUCUUCCACCACACUCCUAUGACAGUGAUGGAGACAAGAGUGAAGACAAUCUUGUAGUGGACGUCUCCAAUGAAGAGCCUAACUCUCCCGCGGGAAGCCCACCUCACUCCCCCCACGGGAACGGGUUGGACCGGGCUCCCACCCUGAGGAAAGAGCUCCCGGGCUCGAGCACAGGAGAGGCCCCCACCCCAAACCCCCGCAGCCCCACCCCAGGGAAGGCCAAGGACGCUGCACAGAUGGAUAAAUCCCAGUCUCCGUUGUCCAAGUCUGGGACCCCAUCCCCGUCCCACCGUGAGGCCCUUACUCCGGGAGCCCCAGGAGCCCCUGGUCCAAGCACCUCCUGCCUUCGUCUGGUCAGCAAAGCAGCAUCCAGUGCAGACCCCCUUGCUCUCCGCAGUCCCAUGUCUGUGCCCCCCGGUUCAUACCCGGCUCAUUUUGGCGUGGUGUCCCACGCAGGCCUGAACGGGGAGCUGGCCAGCCCAGGAGGUUUCGGUGGGGCUCUGACUCUCUCUCCACAAAUCAGCGCAGCAGCCAAUGCCUACUCCAGAAGCCCCAUGGUAGCGUAUGACUCUCGGUCUCACCUGAGGGCACCAGGGCUGUCCUCUUCUCUGCCUGGUUCCUCUGGCGGCAAGCCCGCCUACUCGUUCCAUGUGAGCGCAGACGGUCAGAUGCAGCCGGUGCCCUUUCCCCCCGACGCCCUGCUGGGCCCGGGAAUCCCUCGCCACGCCCGUCAGAUUCACACCCUGAACCACGGAGAGGUGGUGUGUGCCGUCACCAUCAGCACCUCGACACGCCACGUCUACACCGGAGGCAAGGGCUGCGUCAAGGUGUGGGACAUCAGCCAGCCUGGAAGCAAGAGCCCCAUGGCCCAGCUGGACUGUCUGAACAGGGAUAACUACAUCCGAUCCUGUAAAAUUCUCCCUGAUGGACGGACCUUGAUCGUCGGCGGCGAGGCCAGCACGCUGUCAAUCUGGGAUUUGGCCACGCCCACUCCUCGCAUCAAGGCAGAGCUGACGUCGUCUGCUCCCGCCUGCUACGCUCUGGCCAUCUCCCCCGACAACAAAGUCUGCUUCUCCUGCUGCAGCGACGGCAACAUUGUCGUCUGGGACCUUCACAACCAGACGCUGGUCAGGCAGUUCCAGGGCCACACUGACGGAGCGAGCUGCAUCGACAUCUCCAACGACGGCACCAAACUGUGGACGGGAGGUUUGGACAACACGGUCCGCUGCUGGGACCUCCGAGAGGGACGGCAGCUCCAGCAACACGACUUCACCUCGCAGAUCUUCUCUCUGGGCUACUGUCCGACAGGCGAGUGGCUGGCUGUGGGAAUGGAGAGCAGUAACGUGGAAGUCCUGCAUGUCUCCAAACCCGACAAGUACCAGCUGCACCUCCAUGAGAGCUGCGUUCUCUCCCUUAAGUUCGCCUCCUGCGGCAAGUGGUUUGUGAGCACAGGAAAAGACAAUCUGUUGAAUGCAUGGAGGACACCAUAUGGAGCCAGUAUUUUCCAGUCCAAGGAGUCCUCGUCUGUGCUGAGCUGUGACGUCUCCCCGGACGACAAGUACAUAGUGACGGGCUCCGGGGACAAGAAGGCCACGGUGUACGAGGUGGUGUACUGAGGGCCGGGAGAAAGAUGGGAAGAGACAGGACGGAGAUUUUGGGGGUGGGGGGUGGGGCAACCAGUUGCCACGCCAACCGCUCCUGAUCCUCAUAACAUCAGCAACAGCAGCACCUUCGUCUCAGUCCUCUGAGUCCUCCUGACCCUCACCCCUUAUACACCAACACCCCCUCUCCUCCCCCUUUUUCUUGUGAUAUAAGCUAUUGUGGGAGCUCCCAAAUGCCUCCUCCUUCCUCCUCCCUUCCACUUUUAGCCCAAAGGAUGAGGCAUGAUAACAGAAAGAGAGAGAGAGAGAGAGGCAGAAAAGGGAAGCGGCAAGAUAAGAAGGACAAAGGAAAAAGGGCGGUGGAGCAUAAAGAUAAAGUCGGGAGGGAAAGACAAGAAGGAGGAGAGAAAGCGAGAGUGCGGAAGGAAGAGAGAGGAAAGAGGAGGAGGAGAGGAGGGAGGCAGGGUAAUUAGGGCUGUUUCCUGAUUAAGAGCUCAGUGGAAGGGAGGCCCCCAGAGGAGGUGCGGAGCAGCACUGUGGGAGCGCCAGCCAGGAGCACUGAUACCACACAAUCGAUUCAUUAGCCAGACAGUGGAAGCCUUAAUGAGGCUGACGCUGCAGCUCGCUCUCCCCAGCGAGAGGUGUCAGGAGCUGGGGAACGAUGACGCGUGGAGAUGGAGGGGGUCGCCUCAGAUACCCGCAUACUCUGACAUGUAACAAAGACCUGUUCACUUAAACACGCACACACAGGCGCACGUCAUCGGGCAAGACUACCCACACACACACACACACACACACACACACACACACACACACACACACACACACACUCAGAUACACCCCCUUGAUGUAAUCGUAGGAAGAGAGAAACACAUACACACACACACACACAACACACAGAGCACCCAAUUAAACAUUCAUCGCAGCGCUCCCCGUCUCACUGCUUACUAUCUAUUUUAUUUUUGGUCUGACAAAGGCAGCGUCUAAUGAGCAGCGGAGUCAAUGGGAUUCUCGCAGGGCCCAGAGACACACCAACACAGAACAUCAGCCGAGCUGUUCCCUCUAAUUCCCCUGGAUUGUUCUCCUGACACCGGGCACUGCACUCACUCUCAUUAAAGGCACUGUUAGCUAGACGAAGUAGCAGCACGCCAACCUCACUGUAAGGCAGGCAAGAGGGCGAAUCAACACCUCCGAUUACGCCCAUCAUCAGCAGACAACUAAGCAGCGACUGAUUUUCAAUUUUUAUGCAACUAGUUGCUGUUUUCAUUUACAACCCAGAUAAAAUGACAAGUUUAUCAACGGUAUUGUCUCCAUGUCCGCCUGCCUGCUGAUGUGCUAGUGUUCAAAGUGCUCCGGCUAAAUCUUGUUCAGUAAGCUAUUGGUUGCUUUUAAUUGAGACGCUAAACACCUUAAAGGGAAAGUUUGACAUUUUGGCAAAUAAGCUUAUAGAUUCAAAUGAGAAGAUUGAUACCACUCUGUCUGUCGGCUAAGUGACAAGCGGCCUGCUAACCUAGCUUAGCAUAAAGACUGAAAAUAGGGGGAAACAGCUAACCUGGCUCUGUCCAGAAGAAACUAAAUCUAACUAUCAGCACCUCUAAAGCUCACAAAUGAACAGGUUAUAACUGAUGUUUCUUGGUGUGGAGCAGCAGCUUCCUUAAGUGUCCACUCGUUUCCUGGUAACUGCUUUCAGCCAAGGAAUAGAUAGCCAGAAUCCCCCUGUAAAACAGGAAAAUGAUAAAUACUAUUCAGUUAUAUCAUGAUUCUUGUAUCCAUUCUAUAACCUGUUAAUUAUUUAUCUUAAGAGGUUCUGGUAGGUGGAUUUUGCUUCCUUUGGACAGAGCCAGGCUACCCGUUUCCCCCUUCCCUCCAGCUAAGCUAAGCUAAGCUAACUGGCUUAUGGCUGUAGCCUUAUAUUUCCAGUACAGAGAUGAGAGCGGUAUCAAUCUUUAUAUUGUAGCCACAGCCAGAAAGGGAAUAAAAAUAUUUCCCAAAAUGUUGAAAGAACACCUUUAAACUUGAUUCUUGCUCUUCAGUCCUUCUUGUAUCAUAUUCUAAACUGGCAGGCAAACUGUAUAUCAGAGCUCUCUGCUUCUACGUCACCAAUGUGUAAUCUAAAACAGGCACAUUUCAAGCUUUUCUUUUAUUACUCAUUUAUUUCAGUAUUUUUUAUGAAUAGUGAUUGCUCGUCUUAUGUAAUGAUAUGUUUAUGUAUUGGGGUUGCCUAUGACUGCGUUUCUGGUUCAGGGGUGCAAACGGAGAGGGACGCACUCACACAUGGCGAUCUAUAAAAUCAAAUGUAACACAGGCGGGAAAAUGUUUCUUUUGUUCUGUUAACUUUUUUUAAAUUGUGUUUUUAUCCUUGGUGGUGGUGACAGGCAAAGGGCGUUUAACAUCAGCAGUCUCACGUAAAGAAAAAAAAUAAGACUCUCUGUUCCGUCUUCUGUUUGUUGUUUUUGUUUUAUUCCCCCCAAAGUGUUAGUAAAUGUACUGUAGUCUGUUUUCAGUCCUUAUUGUGCAACUAAACUAUGUUUCUGUUGAGUCUGUGGUCAGUGUACAGCAGGCGUCGGCUGCAACAUCACAAUACAGACUUAGCCGUCGGAGGGGUCCCACGUUUUACUGCAUGCUUGUUGCACUAAAGCUUCACUUCUGCUGAAAGAAGGAGACACAUCUGAUUUUACUCAGUAGGUACAGUGAAUGGUCUCAUAGCCAAAGUUAUACAAAGGGAUACAUUUUACAUUACAGUAUGCAAUUUAAUUCAAUUUUAGCAAGAUUUGUCAAUGUUUCUGACUGCAGCCCUAAUGCAGGAUAGAAGAAUUAGGAGGGACUUCUACAAUGGCUACUGUACCAGCGAGCGUUGGAGAUCAUCUGUACAGUUUAAUGCCUUUGCCUGCCUCUUUACCUUCCUGCGUAUCAGCGACAGGCAGACCUAAACGAUAUUCUCAUACACAAGCUCGUAUACUACUCCGAAUGAUGCUGUAGAAUGGCUAUGCAGUUGGUAUGGCGUGAAUAUUUGGGACAUUUGAUACUCUUCUUUAACUGUCAGUAAUGUCUCUUCCCCCUGCCUGUGCUUUCUCUGUUCCAACAGCAUACAAACUUUUAUUUUCCAUUUUACAAGCCCAUGUUUAGUUUCUCUUUUAAAAAGCCAAGGAACUUUUCUUUUUUUUUUUAUUUUUUUUAACUGCACUGUGUAAUUUUCCCUCCUGAUGCGAUUCCCAUGUGCUGUACAAGAAAUACUAUGUGUGAAAAAUAAACCAAACUUGUGUUCAUCCUU